GGCUGCUAGAGCGGAUCUGGUGCUCCUGAAGAAGGACCUGGGGUCGGUGCAGGGGAGGCUGGCCGAGGAGCAGCUGUGGCGCAAGGAGGCGGAGCAGCAGCUGCGCAAGUCGCGUUCGGAGUACCACCUGCUGCAGGUGGACAUGGACACGGUGCAGGAGCAGCUGCGGGCGGCGCUGGAGGCGGUGGAGAGGGAGCAGACGAGGAAGCAGCAGAAACAGCAGCAGCAGGGUGGUGGCGGUGGUGGUGGUGGGGACGGCAGGUUACGCAGGGCAAAGACGGCAAGGCAGCGACAUGCCCGGCAGCAGCAGGAGGAGCAGCAGCAGCAGGAGGAGGAGCAGCAAGAGGAGGAGCAAGAGGAGGAGCAGCAGCAAGGAGGGAAGGGUGCUG